AUGGUGAGUGCUACACGCUUUGACUUAAAUUUGCAAUAUGUUCCAUUAAACUUUCGGGUUCCAGAGGUGUUGAAUAUUGUCAAUGGCGACUGGGUGAGGAAGUAUGGAAGUAUUUACCGCAUUUGGUUCAUCAUUCGUCCAGUUAUCCUCAUUACAUCACCAGAAUUGCUAGAUCCAAUUAUGGGAAACUAUAAAUUCAUUGAGAAACCGGGCGAGUACGACAUCUUUACUCCGUUUAUCGGCAAAGGAAUUCCUGUGGCAACAGAUGAGCGAUGGAAGAAAAAUCGUCGUCUACUUAACCCAGCUUUUCAUUUUCAGAUCCUCAACCCUUUUGUGGACGCCAUCAAUAACAAGGGCAUAAACUGUAUAGAGAAAUUUGAAGAAGCUUUAGAAAAUCACAAAGGUGGUGAAAUGGACGUCUUCCCCAUUAUUAUAUCACGCAGCACUUUAGAUAUUAUUUGCGAUACUUUUAUGGGACGAAAGGCAAAAAAUGAAGAAAAGGCGCUCUUUCUUAACAACCUUGAGGGUUUCAAAAGGAUUUUCCAACAACGCAUUGUCAAACCGUGGCUUAGGAUCAAUUGGACGCGAAAAUGCCCGAUAAUAAAAGAACGCCGAGAAGCAUUGGAGCGAGAAGCGACCCAAAUAGAACGCAAUUCAGCAACAAAAUCUUGUCAAAUGACCCUAACAAAGGAGAUUGCUUCUGAGAGCGAUGCUGAAACAACCGAUAUUGGCAAGCCAACACUGGAAUAUCUUGAAGGGAAAAAAUUGCUCUUUCUCGACCUGGUCUUGACGGAAUUGGGAAAGGAACACUUUAAUGAAACCGAUAUCGGAUAUGAAGUCAAUGCAUUUUUAGGCACUAGUCAAACGACGGCUUUGGCUUUUACAUAGUUCCUUUACUUGAUCGCGAAGAAUUGAAAAUUACCUGAGGGAUCGCUCAGCGAUCCCCAACGGUAAUUAGGAUUAUAUAUUGAAAUAACGGAUGAGACCUUAAGCACCUACGGAUGAUUCCUUUACAACAACACAAUUUAUGAAAGACUGGAUUGAAUAUGAACAAC